AUGUACACUUUAAAUUACAUGGAAAUUGCGCUGUGGUUGUGGAAUUAUUUAGAAUUUUUUCAUGUCUAUGCAGGUGACAAUCAAUUAUCUACUAGGAAUUUGGGUGAAGAAUAUCCAUCUACCGUUGGAGUGGUUGAUCUUGGAGGUGGCUCUGUACAAAUGGCAUAUGCCAUCUCUGAUACUGAUGCUGCAAAGGCUCCUAGGUUAUCAGAUGGAAAUGAUACUUAUGUGCAGGAAAUGUUGUCUUCUGCCUUGUGCGGUGAUUCUUGUGGCAAAGAUCAGAGCCUGAAAGCGGCGGAGUUCUUGAUUCGUGAGGAGAACCUUGGUUGGGUGAAAGACCCUAUCAGAAUUCAUUCGAGAUCACAAUCUAUACCGUGA